AAGAACCUCUUGAAGAGUGAUAGUGAAUUCCUCACUCCUCAAAAAGCAUGGCCAACCACUUCUCACAAUACACCGUUCUCCUUCUCCUCAUUACAUCAAGUGCUCUUAUGAUUACGGUGACAAGUAGUGAAGUGUGUAACAAAGAUGGUGGUGGUAGUGGUGGUGUUGCGGACAAUUGCUCAUCAUUGCAGCAGAAAAGAUGUGAAGAUAAGUUGCAUAUGCCAGGAGGAGGGUGCGAUAAACAAUGGUGUACCAAUGCUUGUGCUCUUAAGCACCUUGGCCAGGGAGCUACCGGAAAAUGCCUUGGCUUCUUUAGGCGUCCAACGGCUGUCUGCAUUUGCACCUUCAACUGUUUAUGAUGGUGCAUGGUGUGUUGAUCAAAAGCUUACAUGAACUACAAACUAAUGUAUGAGUUUGAUCACU